AUGGUGCCAUGGCAUCAUAAAGGCAAUUUAAGUGUUAUGGCUUCAUGGCCCGAUGUUAUUCUCAAUCCGAAUACGAAUCCUAUCGGUUAUGAAAAUUGGUUAUGGACUGCUCCACUACAUUACAUUCGUAUACCUGAUUGGAACUGUUCAUAUAUACCUGAACGAGAUUGUUUACAAGAUCGAUGUAUUGAAGGUGCGUUAAAAAAUUAUACGAAGCGUAUCGUCGCUCCGUUAGGUGGACUAAUUGAUGAAACACAACGACAAGAGGCUCUAUUCUUUCUUCUUCAUUUUGUUGGUGAUAUUCAUCAACCGUUACAUGCCGGAUUCAUUGGCGACAAAGGUGGUACUACGCUCAAAGGUAACUAUUUUUCGUAA